CGUCUGCUGUGAUUUAUUCUCUCCGAGAAUUUUCCAGAAAAUUCAGCCAUCCUACAGAGGAUUGGGGUUUCAAAGGAAGUGUGUGAAACAGUAGCGUUUGGUUUAACAUUAAGAAGUUCUCGACGUCGAAGUCAUACGAACACCAAGGAAUUGGUCGGUCAGGGCAAUGGUGGUGCCCGCGGCUCACGAGUUCCACUGGCAGAACCUGGCACGCCUCUCGAGCGGGCGCGUCUAUCACUCUCUGGCCGAAGUCGGUGGUCAGCUGUACAUGCUGGGGGGCUGUGACGCCACCGGACGACCCACCAACUGCACGGAGCUCUACUGUCCGGAGGUGGACCAGUGGGUGAGCCUGCCUCCGAUGCCCACGGCCAGAGCAGGCGCUGCCGUAGCAGUGUUAGGCAAGCAGCUUCUCGUGGUGGGAGGCGUAGGCAAGGAGCAGCACCCGCUCAAAGCUGCGGAGGUGUACAACACGGAGGAGGGCAAGUGGAGGAAGAGGAGUUCACUAAGGGAGGAGUUGAUGGGGCUCGCCAUUACUGUUAAAGACGGCAGAGCCUUCGCUGUUGGUGGAAUGGGAGCAGACCUGCUGCCCAGAAGCGUUCUCCAGCAGUACGACCUUCGGAAGGAUGUCUGGGCCCUUCUGCCGCCCAUGCCCACCCCUCGCUAUGAUGCUAGCAUCUGCCUUCAGGGAUCCAAGAUAUAUGUAGCAGGUGGGCGUCAAUGCAAGCGUUUGGUAAAAGCAUUUGAAGUUUUUGACAUGGACAACCGCACCUGGUCUUCAUUACCCAGCAUGCCUUGUAAGAGAUCCUAUUCCGGGGUGCUGUGGGACAACACAGGGCGCCUCUGCUGGCUGGGAGGUCUUCGUCAAGGAGGCAUCCAUCAGAGCUCCAAGUUCACCAAGAACGUCAGCAUCUUUGACACCAACCAGGGAUCUUGGUUGAAGUCUGAACAAAUCGUUUCCAUGAAGACGAAGCGGGCAGACUUUGUGGCAGCCAUCGUACGAGGAAGAAUGGUUGUUGCUGGUGGACUGGGUCAUCAGCCCUCCAUGCUGGAUACUGUCGAGGCUUUCCAUCCUGAAAAAAGAAAAUGGGAGAGUUUGGCUCCCAUGGCAACUCCUCGCUGCUCCGCCUCCAGCAUCAUGAUCCGUGACCGCCUGUUGGUGGUGGGGGGUGUCAAUCAAAUCCCGAGCUCCGCCCACGAGAUUCUUUACGUGAAGGACGAGGAGGUUGUUUAGCCAUUCAGUAGUCCGACAAAAAUUUGCCUUCCUCAUGACAGUAGACUGCUAAACAUGCUUGCCUGUUGUAGAAUCUUUGAUAGGAAAAUUAUACAAAAUCAAAUAAUAUAAAAUCCAAAGCACAAAGCGUCCAGCUAUAGUUCUCAUUGUUCUCUAUUCGACAGCACACACACAGGGCAAAAGACAAUACACUUGAAUACUGUAGACAAGCAUGUGAGAAUGUAGUUUAUAUUAUAUAUGUUAUGUAUUUUAAAGUGACUAAGUAUUGGACUCUGUGUUAUUCUAAAGAAAGUGUCUUCUGAGAUAUUUGCAGGGUAUUUUUGUAGCUUUACUUAAAACAGUCAGGUUGCUAUUGCUGUAGAUUUGUACUCCCGACUAUGGCCUUGAGAAUUCUUUCUGUUUCUCUCUCACAAAGUGAAGUUUAUAGCCAAAACACGCGCACCGUUGAGGUAGCCUAGUCAAAUUACUCUUUAUGUCAGCUGUUUUCGGUGCCUGCGUUUUGUGAAUUGUGAUGUAUUGUAACAAGCUCCUUAGGAUAUGAAUUUCUGACUGUUUCUGGGAAAUUUUAUGUUUCAGAAUAGCUUGUUGGAGAUUUAUCUCCAUAGCAGUUUGAUCCAUAGAGUAGCUCUGGGGGACAUACCAGGUAAUUUAUAAUAAUAGAUCAUGUAAUAAUGGGCCUCAUUUAUCAGGCUUUUAAUAAAGUUGUGUGUAAACGCUUUCGUAGGCCAAACCGAAUCGAAAACUCUUAAACUGAAAAGUUUUUUAAAAAAAACAAAAGUGUCUAAAUGUCGAAAGAGCCCCAUCUAAGUGAUGUGCAAGAAAUUUUCCAGUAACGCAGCUCAGCCAUUGCAGCGCAUCAGCUACCUUAGACACACACUAACUCUUCCUCCUGUUAUAGGGUGCUAUUAAUUUUGUCCUCAUCGAAUGGCUAGACUUAAUUGAUGUUUUCCUGACUGAAUUCCACAAAAUGUUUAUUCAAUUUGUAUGCAAAUGAAGUUUGAUAAAUGAGGCCCCAUGUGUCUAUGCUUUGGACUUAAAGGCACAAUUUGAAGUCUUGCUCUUAGUACAGAAUGAAGGUAUUUUAAUGUACUAUUUAAUAAUAAUAAUAAUAAUAAUAACGAUUAUGCACCGUUGUGAGUCAGAUGAAAAAUUCACAUUUCCUGUCAGUAUUUGUUUAACAGAAAAACAACCAGAGCAAUAAAAGUCCAGCACAAUGUAACAAAAGCCGAUUUUGUAGAAAGGACUGCACCAUUGCAUUUCAUUGCAUUAAACAAGCUAUGUUGCUUA